AUGGAUAAUAGCUUAAAUGUGACAUACAUCACUUUUGGUGGGCAUGUGGAAGUGCACAAAUAUAGAUAUCUCUAUUUUGUGAUCAUGUUUACAUUGUAUAUUUUAACAAUUAGCUGUAAUUUAACUAUUGUGUGCAUCAUAGUGAUUCACAAAUCCCUCCAUGAGCCAAUGUACAUUUUCAUUGCAGCUUUGUUAAUCAACUCUGUUCUUUUCAGCACUGCUAUCUACCCGAAGCUUUUGAUUGACUUUUUAUCAGAAAAACAGAUCAUAUCUUAUUCAGCCUGUCUCUUACAGUGGUUUACAUAUUACUCUCUUGUCGGUUCAGAUUUCUUCCUGUUGUCGGUCAUGGCCUAUGAUAGAUAUGUGUCUAUAUGUAACCCUCUGCAAUAUCCAACCAUCAUGAGAAAAAGAACUGUUAAUAUUUUACUGAUUUCAGCUUGGAUUGUGCCCUCUUGUCAGGUUUCAGUCCCGAUGUGUUUGAAUGCUAAUAAGAAAAUAUGUAACUUUUAUUUGAAAGGAAUAAUUUGCAACAGCACCACUCACAAACUUCCCUGUGUGACUUCAAGAAUACUGAAUAUUUAUGGCUUGUUUGUCUUUGUGAGUUCUCUACUUCUCCCCGUGCUCUUCAUACUUUUUACAUACACCAGGAUACUUGUAGUAUCCUAUCGAUGUCAAGGAGUCAGGAGAAAAGCUGCACAGACAUGUUUACCCCACCUGCUGGUUCUAUUCAGCUUCUCCUGUUUAAGUGCAUACGAUGUACUUCUUGCUCGACUGGAAAUUGACUUUCCGAAAACUUUACGUUUGAUAAUGGCUUUACAAGUAGUAAUAUAUCAACCUCUUUUUAAUCCUAUCAUUUAUGGACUAAAAAUGAGAGGAAUAUAUGUACACCUUAAGAUGCUGUUCUGCAAAAGGGUCUAA